AUGUAUCUCAGGAAAGCAGGACUUCUUUUUCUUUCCUUGGCAUGCUGCUUUUUGUCCUUUGUAGCUACAGUUCGAUUCUCACCACCUAAAUAUUCAGCGUGCCAUAGCAAAGACUUUGGUCAUGGGGGUACUGUCUGUGUGUGUUCUGAUGAGCAUGGCUGCGAUGCCUUCAGCGAGGGAAGUCCUUUGUCAGAGCAAGAGUAUGCCGUUUACACCAGCUCAAAGACAGGCGAUCGUUUCAACUUAAAGACGGGGAAGGUUAAGAAACCAGGUUUCUCCAGAAAACUACAGCACCCUGCUGAAGUCGAGGUCAAGUUUGUCGUUAAUCAGGAUGAAGUUUUUCAAACUAUACUAGGAAUAGGGGGAGCUUUUACAGGUUUAGUAUUAUUAUCCUUUGUCGAGUUGUUAUCUCCCUGUUCUAGAGGAUCAUUUUUGAAAGCUUAAGAUUUAACUAAAAUCGACAACUUUUACCUCGGGGUAUUUACAACCAAUAUUGCCGAAAACAAAUGGUCUCAAAUUUUUUAAUUGAACUACACAAAGUUUCUUUGGUUGAUUCAACUAAUUUCCUUGAUACACCAAAUGUAUAGCUGUGGCAGAGAACAGAGAUCAAUAUUCCUACAAGUGAGGUUAUUGCUAAUAUUUUUAGGCAGAUUGAAUGAAGAAAAAAAUCUUGACAUGUCUUUCCAUCAAGCUUGUAAGCCAGAGGCAAUGGUUUCGGUAGAGACAUUUUGGCCCAUUCAAUGGUUUUAUGAUCCUCUCAACCCUUUCACUGCCAGACUUGAAGUGAUGAAGAAUUAAUUUCUCCUUACCAAUCUCAAUACAUUUCCAGGGUUACAGGUAAUGAGAAUGUAGGUUGGAGGGAGGGGGGUGAUGAGGGUGUUCCUGUAGUGCUUUUAUUCUCCUUUUUAUUACAAAAAUGUGAUCAUCCUAUUCAUUGAACAACGUUGCAUACCUUAAAUACCAAUGAAACACCAAUUUAACAUUGUUGAAGGAACCUUCCCCCUCUCCCCAACCCCCAUCAACCAGUAAAUCUUGCUUAAGUCCCAAGUUCAUUUUUUCUUCAGAUGCUGCUGGAAUCAACAUAUUAAACAUCAGCUCCACCUUGCAGCAGAGGCUGUUAUCUUCAUACUUUUCUCCAGAUGGCAUUGAGUAUUCCCUUGGGCGUAUUCCUAUGGCCAGCUGCGAUUUUUCUACCUGGCCUUACUCUUACGACGACCAUGAAGGAGAUUUUGAAAUGUCAAACUUUAGCUUGGUCAUGGAAGACUUCAAGCUGAAGAUUCCUUUGUUGUUAUCUGCAUCAAAUAUGAGUAGAAGGACCCUCAAGUUCUUUGGAAGUCCUUGGGCUGCACCUGCAUGGAUGAAAACCAAUGGCAAGAUGCAAGGGGCUGGAACAUUAAAGGGAGUGGCAGGAGACAAAUAUCAUAAAGCAUGGGCUUUGUACUUUGCAAAGUUCAUCAAGGAGUAUGAAGAAAAUGGGGUGAAAAUCUGGGGAGUUACUGUACAGAAUGAACCUAGCACUGGUUUCAUCCCAUGGUGAGACAUAUUUUGGCUCCACAGGCUGUAAAACUGGUUUUUGCAUCAUUCUGUAAGAUAAAUUCUAGAUGCUCAGGAAUUAGACUGUUUCAACCUGAAUUUGGCAUCAGGUGAAAACACAAAUCCUAGAUUUAUUGUUAACUGUCCAUAAUGGUCAAAGACAAAUUGUUUUUCAUUGGGUCCCAAGAAAAAUGAUUGAUGGAAAGCAAAAUUUGGGACAGUAGUAAGUAGGGUAAAUCGUCCUCCUGACAUAUGAAAACCUCGGAUUUGCACUCUCCUUUUAUGUUCUUUAACAACAGCUUUCAGGUCCUACAGCACUUACAGUCAAUUGAUGUCUUUCAAUAAGGAUAAUUUUAGCCACAGUAAUCUUCACCAGUUGAUGUUUCAGACUGGGAGUGGUUUGUCAGGAAGAAAACUCCGAUGAGGGUAUCUUAAAUUAUCUAUGUAGGUUUCUCAAUGUUACCAUAGUCUCAAAUUAUAUUUUACUAUUGAACAGUUUGUUCACGUAGAGAGGUUGUUUUAAAAUGGUAUUUGAUUAAUUGCCUCAGCCCUCCAAGAAAAUGUUUAGAAAAUUUGUGUGCUAUUUCACUGGUCAACUUUUACUUGAAGGUAUGCCUUUCAAACAAUGGGUUACACAAAGGAGAUGGAGAGAGAUUUCAUCAAAGAGGACCUAGGUCCAACCUUGGAGAAGUUUGGCUACUCUGAUGUAAAACUAAUGAUGGUUGACGAUAACCGGAUGUAUGUUGAGCCAUGGGCUGAUACCAUCCUUGGAGAUAAGGAAACACUUGAAUAUGUUUCUGGCAUUGCAGUUCAUUGGUAUAAUGAGAAUGAUACCUCACCUGAUGCAUUAUCUGCAACGCACAAAAAGUAUGUCAGCAUAAAUUUUGCUUGACGUUAUUUUAUUAUUUUACUCUUAUUUUCAUUGGCAGUUAAUAGCUAUCCUCUACCUCAUUAUAGUGAACAACACAGUCAGUUAGAAAUAAGUACAAUUAUUAUCUUACUCGUUAAUGUGCUCACCUCACUGAAUAUAAUAUUAUUUUUACUGGACAGUAUCCAGACCUGAAUAUUGUGUUUAAUAUUAAACUUAGCUGAUACUGUGCAUGUGCUAGUACUAAACACAGGUGGGUGUUUUCAGUCACUAAGCAUGGAUUAAAGAAGAUAUGCAGCUAAAUUUAGUUGUAACAAGGAUGACAAGAAUUGUUAUGCACAUUUAGUAGGGUAAAGUAUCACAUAUAAUGUCACUUUAUUAUAAAGUAAAGUGGAGGUUUGGAAGAGAAUACACAAUGCAAACUUAAAUGACUAUAUAUCAUUUACUAUUGUGAUUGUCUACUCAAAGUAGCUGAAUUGGUUUCACUGUAUAGAUUUCCCAACCACUUUAUUCUAAACACGGAAGCGUGUACUGGCUGGACAGGACCCCCUAGUGAGAGAGGAGUUCACCUUGGUCAGUGGUCUAGAGGAAGUGAUUAUACACAUAGCAUCAUUAAGGUGAUUUCAUAUCUUAUACAGUUACCAUUAUAUUCAGAGCAAAGAAAUGUUAAAAUAAUCAAAAUAAUAAUUAGAAGAAAAGAAAUAUGAAGAAAAUAAGAUUAGCCUCUCAAAGUGCGGAGAGCUCCCUUUAUUUUUAUCUCAAACUCUAUGGAAAUUAAGCCUUGUAAGUUCCCAACUGAAAGAUGCUCUCAUAACCUUAUAGUUUAGAUCUUUUAACUAUAUUGAAAGGACACUUCUAUUAGAGAUACACCUCUGCAAUUGUUUUUUGUGCCUGAAAAAUACUCCUUUAGCCUUUGUAUCUGUAGUCUUUACCGAUGGGAGCCCUGUUUAAAAGAUGCUUCUCCUAUACCUGGGAGUUCCCCCUGGGAUUGUAAUCUGAAUAGAGAUUCUUCUUUAUUUCAAACCAAACUAGGCUUCCUAACAUCAUCAUCUUUCAAAACAGACAGUUACUGACACUCUGUUGCUGCCAUCAUAUUUUCAGUGGGUGACAUGACAUUAGUUCUUUUAAAUCUUCAGAAUUUAUCCCACUGGUCAAGUGGAUGGGUGGAUUGGAACAUAGCUCUUAAUUUGCAAGGAGGACCUAACUGGGUGAAGAACUUUGUUGAUUCCCCAAUUAUUGUAGAUGCAGAAAAUAAAGCCUUCUACAAACAGGUAUAAUCCACUUAACAUGACAGUCUCAGCUCUUCAUCUACUUCCACUUCUGUUUCAGCAAAGUUGUAAAGUUGUCAUAGAAUCAAUGUUAAUUGAGCCUUUAAAAGAAGAGGCAACCAGGGGUAUCUGAAAGCCUCUCCUUUUAUUUUUAACUUUUUUUUAUUCUUCUUUAAUGUUUAGUGUUCCUUGAUUGUACUUGAUUUAGCUAAUCCUUUAACUCCCAAGAUGAGAUUUUUUAAUUCUCCCUAGUUACAAUAAUUUGGUGUUAGAUCAAGAUGACAACUUAUACCAGACAAGAUUGCAUAUUCUCAUCUCUUGUUUGCUUGAUAAUAUAUGGAUAUGUUUGGAAGAAGUUUCAUUUUAAUCACAGCAAGACUUAAAGAGUUAUAAUCUAAACAUCUAUAUUGGCCCUAAUUAUGUAACAAAUUUACUGUAUAAAACUCACAUCAACUACAGGAUAUUUUUUUUUAGCAUUGUCAGGUACUCUGAGAUUCCAAUCAGUUUAUGACAUGAUUUUGUCCAAUCUUUUGCAGCCAAUGUUUUAUCAUCUUGGCCACUUCAGCAAAUUCGUUCCACCAGGUUCUCACAGAAUUGAAGUAAACAGCUCUGUAGAAACUUCCUUGGAGUUUAUUGGCUUUGUCACACCAGAGGGCAACACUGUUAUGGUGAUACAAAACACCGAAGGCAGAAAUGUUACCUUUGACAUCACUGAUAAAAAGGGAGCAAUCAUCAGUGAAAUUAUUCCAUCUUUUGCAAUUCAGACUUAUAUUUGGUAAAUCUUUGCACAAUAAUAACAUCAGCAUACAUAUUCUCCAUACUGUUCUCUAUAUAUUUCCUCGGGUGCUGACAAGGGGAAUUUGUUUGACAACCAAGAGCUUCUUUAGUUAGUGAUAAUUUCCCUUAUACCUUUAUGUUUGAUUCAGGGGUGAUAUUUUAAAGAGAUAUUAGAUGUUUGUCUCUUUCAAGGGUCAAGGGUCAAAGAGUUAAGGUCGCUAAACUUAACUAUUC